UUAAGGGUCAGGGCCUCUUUUGGCUCUGGUUCUCCUUCGCUCGAAACCACUUUCGGUUGAUUCUCUUCACCACUUCUUCUCUUUCUCUUCUAUAUCUGUUCUUCUCAUCAGCUAUUCUCUUCAUUAUCUAUUCUUCUUCUUCCUCUACUGCUUUUUAUUCACCAGCACACCCCAACACACACACACACACACACACACAUCCAUGCUCUCCUUCAUAUCCUCCUUCUUCUCCUCCUCCUCAUCCUCCUCCUCCGCCCCCUCCCGCCUCGUCCCUACCCCCUCCUCCGUCGCCCUCGACGCAAACCCCUACGGCACCUCCACCCGACCCGUCUACUCCCCCGGAAUGCGCACUCUCUCCGCUGCCUCCAUCCCCGCCGCCUCCCCUUCCCCCUCCGCACACCACACCAUCCAGCUCCAGGACUUUUCCGACGGCGCCCCUCCCGCUCCCCCCGUCUCCCUCUCGUGGGCCCGCAUCUCCCGCUGGGCUGAGAAAAACUACCCCGAGCUCUCUGACAACAUCGGCGACCCCACCCACCCAUCUGACCUCGCCGUCCUCGAGCGUGCUAUCGACUGCUCCCUCCCUGCCGACGUGCGCGCCUCGUUCCUCGAACACGACGGCCAGCAGGAAGGCGGCAAGCCCUGCGGUCUCAUCUACGGAAACGCCAUUCUCAACACCGACGAGGUCGUCACCACCUGGGAAACCUGGCGCGUCAUCGCCUCCACCCUCGACGGCAACAACACGCUGCAGCAGCAGCUCUCCGACGACGGCCUCCCCGGCCCUUCGUCGCGUCAACCACCGUCCGCGUCCCCUUCGCGAUCCGCGACCUCUGGAAUCGGUCCCCAAACAUCCGUUCCUGCUCGCGCCAUCCAGCCCGUGUUUGCCUGCACAGGCUGGCUUCCGCUCGCCAAGGAUUUCUGCGGAAACUACAUCGGCGUCGAUCUCGCCCCCGGCCCGGCCGGCCACUGGGGCCAGGUCAUCCUCUACGGCCGCGAGUUUGAUCGCAAGUACGUCGUCGCGCGCUCGUGGGGCCACUUCCUUGCCAUGCUUGCCGAUGAUUUCGAAGAAGGCCGAUGGUCUGUCGACGAGGAUUCGGAAGAGAUCUGGUACGUGUCCAACGGCCGCAUGCACUCCUACAUUGACGUUCUCAAGCGCCGCGUCGAGCGCGCGGUCGCAUACUCGCAGCGCAAACAGAGCAAGGCUCCUGCUGCCACCGCAUCGUCCCCCAUGUCCAAGAGCUUGAGCGCAGACUCGCAUCCUAGCCGGAGAUCAAAGCCCGCGCCGCUCAGUCUGCACGCGCCAUCUGCGGGCGGCAGAGUCCCUGGCCUGACGUCCUCGUCCGAGUCCAACCUGCUUGCCGACCCGACCGUUCAGCAACCUGUCUCGCCUGGCGUUGUCUCUGCUCGUUUGCCGCGGAUACCGAAGCGCGCUGCUGUUGCGGGUUCGCUGCCUGAUGAUAAAAACCUGACAGAUGACUCUGAGGCAUCGACUUCAUCUACCCUGUCCACCGCCGACACCACAGUCACCGUCCCCGUCAAGUCUGAAGAGCCAUCAACCGCCGCAGAAAGUUUACAAGAGGAAGACGUGUCGACACCGACUGUCGAGCAAAACAAGCAGCUAGCCACAAGUUCGGACUAGAUACCGCCGCUGCAUGACGCGAGUCUCUUUUUUUUUUAUUUCCAUUUUAUAUCCAUUUCUAUUUUUUCACAAUCAGCAGUGAUAGCUUGGGGAUAGCUUGAGUGGUUUUUGUACUAUUUGUAAUCUGUUUUGCCUGCGUUUAUGUUCUUGUAUCGUUUUGCUCACAUGUUAGUCCUUGCUGUUAUCGCGUUUUGUCAUCUUUUUCUUCUUGUCUUUUUUUUCAUUUUAUCGGGUAUUCAUCUUGUUCCAUCUCUCUCCUUGCUUUCACUUUUCUAUAUACCUUUCCCCCCUUUGUCCUAUAAAGCUCAUAUCAACGC